UAUGAGUAUAUCCAAGACACCACAGCAGUCCACCGCUCACAGUCCCUUUCAAGAUGUCUGCCCAAAACUCGGCUGGAAUCCAGACACUGCUCGACGCUGAGCGAGAGGCUCAAAAGAUUGUCCAGAAAGCAAGAGAAUACCGCACCAAGAAAGUAAAGGACGCUCGGACCGAGGCGCAAAAGGAGAUCGAUGAGUAUCGCAACCAGAAGGAGGAAGAAUUCAAGAAGUUCGAGUCCGAGCACGGAAGUGGAAACAAGAAGGCUGAGGAUGAGGCAAACAAAGAAGCCGAAGCCAAGAUCAAGGAGAUUCAACAGAUUGGAGAGAAGCUUGGAAGCAAGGUUGUCGAGGAAUUGCUCCAGGCCGUCGUUAACGUGAAGCCGGAAGUUCCGAGCAAGAUUGCCGCUACCAAGGCAUAGAUGCACCUAAGAUACCAUUUCAGCAGGACAUUUGUUAAUAUGACCCUGCAUUGUUACUCAGAUCACGGGCCUUUGACAUUUUUGCAGCGCAACAAUAUACUUCUGUAGACCUCUGAGAAAGUAGGGCGGCGCC